AUGCCUCGCGAAGAAUACCAAGUCCCUUCCGCCGGCGCUACCGCCGGCGCUACCGCCGUCCGCGGCAACACCCGCGACGACCACGCCUCCCGCUCAGUCAUGACAUAUCUCUGCGGUGACUGCGGAUCGAGCGUCUCUCUGGGCAAAGAUGCGCUGGUUGCCUGUCCUCACUGCGCGGGGAGAGUGCUGUACAAGGAGAGGACCAAGAGAAUGGUGCAGUUCGAGGCUCGAUAG